CCCGCGGAUUACACACUAUCGUCUAUCAAUUACCUUCCGACACAGCACGAAAUUUAGCUCUAAACUAAACUGCAACUAUUAUGGCUUUCUCUUCGCCGCUAUUUUCUCCAGUUAACUUCACCUUAAACCCAAACCCCCAACUCCAUCAUCCUAAAUGCACAAAGCCAAACAACCGCCGGAGCUUCUCCACCGUCUGCGCCAUUCCCCCGCUCUCCACCGCCACCGACAUCUCGGCGGUCACCGGUCCAUUGGACGGAACUACUCUCGCCGUACUCGGUGGUAGUUCCGUGGCGGCACUCGCUGCUAUUCUCUCGCUCGCCGACCCUGAGCGCCGGCGGCAGCUUCAGGCGGAGGAGGUCGGCGGAGGUGAUAAGGAGGUGGUGAGAGAGUAUUUCAAUAACAAUGGGUUCCAGAGGUGGAAGAAGAUAUAUGGUGAUACGGAUGAUGUGAAUAAAGUGCAGUUGGAUAUAAGAUUGGGACAUUCAAAAACUGUUGAGAAUGUGAUGAAAAUGUUGACUGAAGAGGGAUCUCUACAGGGAGUUACUGUAUGCGACGCCGGUUGUGGGACUGGUUGUUUAUCAAUUCCGUUAGCUAAAGAAGGUGCUAUUGUAUCAGCUAGUGAUAUUUCAGCUUCCAUGGUCGCUGAAGCCCAAAAACAGGCACAAGAGGAGUUGUCCAAGGCUAAGGAUGACCAGUCCCCGGCACCAGUAAUGCCAAAAUUUGAAGUGAGGGACUUGGAGAGUUUGGAUGGGAAGUAUGACACUGUGGUUUGCUUAGAUGUUAUGAUACAUUACCCACAAAGUAAGGCUGAUGGUAUGAUUGCUCAUCUUGCGUCAUUGGCUGAGAAUCGUUUGAUCCUGAGCUUUGCCCCGAAGACAUUCUAUUAUGAUUUGUUAAAAAGAAUUGGAGAGUUGUUCCCUGGACCUUCAAAGGCUACACGAGCAUACCUACAUGCAGAGGCUGAUGUGGAGAGGGCACUGCAAAAAGCUGGGUGGAAGAUAAAGAAGAGAGGCUUGAUUGCCACACAAUUUUACUUUGCAAAGCUUAUUGAAGCCGUCCCUGCUUAGGAUUGAAAGGCAAGUGAGAUCUCAUUUGCUUGGCCAUGUUUCUUCACUGCUGGUUAGAUAUUAGGAAGUCUGUUGAGUGUUUAUUAUGAAUGCCUUAUCCUCAGUUUCUAACUUGUAUAAUAGUUUACAAUGUAUCUGAAUUUUGCUUCUGACUUGGAAAAAUUUUGUCGAUAUUAUUAAUAUAUCAUGAAAUGUAAAUUUAAUCAUCAUUUGGUGGCUUUGAUUCA